AUGCCAUCUGCAGUCGAAGUUCAGCGAUUCGCUCCUCCAGUGGUGCUUGACGUUCAUCAUGGUGAUAAAUUCUCUCCUGCAAAAACACUGGCCGCCGUUGUUGAUAUUGAGCAACUGAGCGAUGAUCUCGCAGUGCCAUCAAGACGAAGGAUUGUACCAGGAUCCUACAACAUUCCCAUUGGCGUUUUCCCGCCCUUGCCUUGGUCUUUUCCCGAUGCCGCUAUAGUCUCGUCCAUGCUGGUCGAGAGACUGAACAAGUCCUUGAAAGAAAGGGAUGCGCCCGCAAUAAAGGCCCUAUUCCACGAAAACAGUUACUGGCGCGACCAUCUAUGCCUCACCUGGGACUUGCGUACACUGAAAGGACCUGAUAAGAUUGCCGACUUCGUUGUCAACAGUUGUGAGUAUAUAUCGAUCGAGAUAGACACCUCGACUCCGCUCCGAGCACCAAAACACGGUCCAAUUGAUGGACUGUAUGGCCCAGCUUCGAAAUCCUCAGGCAUCGAGUUCUUUGUGAAGGUUGCCACGAAGGUCGGGGCUGGCCGGGGCAUCGCCAAAUUGGCCGAGAUCCAGGGUCAAUGGAAGUUCUUCACACUAUUCAUCACCCUCGACAGAUUACAAGGCCAUGAGGAAUUACUGAACGAGCGUCGUCCUCACGGUGCCAACCAUGGAGAACACGUUGGCCGACAGAACUGGCAAGAUAAGCGCCAGAUUGAUAUCCAGUUCCGAGAGCGAGAGCCUGCCGUGCUUAUCGUGGGCGCUGGUCAAAGCGGGCUCACAACAGCCGCGAGACUGAAGGCACUCAGUGUCGACACUCUGGUCAUCGAUCACGAAGAUCGCGUGGGGGACAGUUGGCGGCGACGAUACCGCCAUUUAGUUCUUCAUGAUCCAGUCUGGCUUAACCACAUGCCGUACCUGAAAUUCCCUCCUCAGUGGCCCAAGUUCACACCAAAGGACAAGUUGGCUGAAUUCUUUGAGGCUUAUGUUACCUUGUUGGAGUUGAAUGUAUGGGUGAAGACAAGAGUGGUGUCAACUACAUGGAAUGACAGCAAACAAGAAUGGACCGUUGUCUUACAGUGUAGAUCUGAAGAUGGCACCAUAGAGAUGCGAACAUUACAUCCAGCCCACAUUAUUCAGGCAACGGGCCACGCAGGCCCGAAGUAUAUGCCUGUCAUCAAAGGCAUGGAGUGCUUCGAAGGUAACAUCGCUCACAGCACCGAGUUCUCAUGUGCAACCCCAAAUGGUCAAGGCAAGAAGGCUGUCGUAGUCGGGUCAAGCAACUCGGCCCACGAUAUCGCACAGGAUUUCUAUGAGCAAGGCUACGACGUCACCAUGGUCCAACGAAGUUCAACCUUGGUCAUUUCUUCCAAGUUUCGGAAUGCGGAAGGCUUGAAAGGCCUUUACACAGAGGACGGACCACCAACAGAAGACGCGGAUCUCAGGGUAUGGAGUCUGCCCAUGGAACUUUUCAAAGCCCAGCAGAAAAGGGUGUGCGAAUUGCAGAACAAGUACGAUGCCGAGCUCCACGAAGGCCUCACCAGGGUCGGAUUCAAUUUGGAUCGUGGUAUAGACAAUACCGGCUAUAUGGUGAAAUACUUGCAGCGUGGAGGUGGUUAUUACGUCGACGUGGGAGCCAGCCAACUUGUGGCAGAUGGAAAGAUCAAACUGAAACAUGGCGGCGAGAUUUCCGAGAUUCUUCCUCACGAAGUCUUAUUUUCGGAUGGUACUCGUUUGGCGGCCGAUGAGAUUGUGUUUGCCACAGGCUUCCAGAACAUGCGGACACAGACGCGAGUCAUAUUCGGGGACCACGUUGCAGACCGCGUUCAAGACGUAUGGGGAUUUGAUCAAGAAGGCGAAGUUCGAACGAUCUGGAGGCGAACCGGUCAACCUGGCUUCUGGUAUAUGGGAACCAAUUUCGCGUAUUGCCGCUACUUUUCUCGUAUUGUCGCUUUGCAGAUCAAAGCCAUCCAGGAAGGAAUCACGCAUUGGUGA